GUGAACAGGAGAGUUAUGUUGCAGGAGAAAAUGUGAUUGAAUUGCUUUCAUACUGAAGUGAAAUCGCACCAACAGACUACACAAUUCAAUAUGGCGGCGGCUUAUCACGAUGACGAUUCAAGAAGUAAUGGUACCUCACGUGACGUCACCAAUGCAUUGGAGGUUCUAUCAGAGGAGGAGAACAAAGAUUUCCAGGACUUCAGGAAAAGUUUGGGAAUCGUUGGAAGUUUCACCAAGCAGAUGGUCAAACUUGCCAUUGACCAAUUGAAGCCCGAAUUUGAGCGGAUGGCAGAACAAGCUGCAGAUCGAGCGAUGGACUCCAAGUCGGCGAAGGUCAAGGAACUUCAGGAUGAGCUCAACAGGCGGGAACGCGACGUGAAACAAAUGAAACUGGAGAAAAAGAUCUUACAGGCGAAACUGGAGAAGGAGUUGGGUAAUAGAGACAUCAUUGAGGUAGUAGAUACUAAAGAGAAGGACAUAAAACGGAUGGAAGUCGAGAUUAACAGCCUCAAAAGCAAGCUGAAAAGGAAAGCAGACGAGCUUAAAAAAGAGCGGGAAAAGUCGACAGAUGGAGAAAAUACGCGAAUGGAGAUUCAGAAAACACUUCAGUCGGAGAUAGAUCGUCUGAAAAAAGACCUUGACAAGGUUAAAGGUCUUCUUGGACAAAUUCGAUCAGCGAAAAACGUCGGAGACGAGGAGACGCGUAAGUUACGCGAACGUGAACGUCAACUUCAUGAGGAAAUCGAGGACUUGAGAAAACAACAGCCAAAGCUUCGUAGGAAGACAACGCGUUAAAUAGGACAUGUGCACCGCUAUUUUUAUCCCUAUUAUGUAUAAGACAAACAUCUGAUCCGUCAGAAGACCAAGCUCUUUGUCAAGUGAUGGAAUCAUGUUAAACUAAACUAUUCCUUGUCAACGCCAAUACACCAAUUGUCUUCAUGAACAGUUGUAGAAUAACGUCCAAAUGUGCUUUAAGGCUUAUUGUAUAAUAAACGUGACUUUCCGAGCACUCGUAAUGGUGUGGGUAGGUUGGAUCUGAAAGUCAGGAGGAACUUCAUGGAAGAAAGAAAUUGAUUUCGAAUGGGAAGCUUUGUUGAUGGCCUUGAUAUCAAAAGUUAAUCGAAAUCCAUUCCAAAAGCUAACAAACAGAACACUAACGAACAAUUAUUCUAGUUGUCGUCGCACCGUCGUUCGUGUGAUUGUGAUAUCGUACAGAAGCUAUGGGAAGUGCUGCUCCGAUAUAUCUUGAUCAUGUCAAUACUGCGGUGGAAGUGAGGAGUCCACUUCCAAUUUGUUUUUACGGGUUUUUCGAGUAACUUUUUGUGAUGAACCUUUUAUGGUUAUGAUAUACGUUACGUGGGACUCAUCCAUUUGUUAUAUAAUGUAUCAAUAUGUCGUAUUCGCUUAAAAUGUUAUAGACGUACAAACAUAUAUGUAUCAAUUUUUGUCUAGAAACAAUGAGAAAUGGUUAGAAUUAGUGCCGUCACUGAGAUCAUUAAUUAUUUCGAGUCUCAGGCAGGGUACGAUUAGUGAAAUGAUCUCCCUUGUUAAUUACUUAAGUCACAUUAAUUGGUCAGAAGGUUUAAUAAUGUUUGCUACUUUGCUGUGAUAAUAUCUUCCUUUCCUUAAGAGUUCCAAACUAGAGACGUAUAUAUUACUAUAAACGUCUCUGAUCUGAGGCUGCUGUAUUUAGAAUGAAUGGUGAAUUUGAAUGGUGUGUGCAUACGAUAAACUAUUUGAUUUUAUGAAUGGUACAUUUGGAUACGGUUAUAUAGUUGAUGUAACUUAAGAACGGUACAUAGUUAGUUAUGUACUAAUGACACGUCGGUAAAGAUCAAUAAUUAUGGCUAAUGGUACUAAUUUUAAAAUAUAAGGGAGGUAACUCUUAGAUAAAUUAUGGGUUUAAUAUGUAGGGUUGCAUAAACUCUUAAGAUUACAUGCUGUCGUAACUGUACUGUGCACCAUAUACAUGUAAAAAUAUAAAAAAUAAAUAAAACGCAGAAUAGAUUGUAUGUUGUGCAUGUAAACUGGUAUUUCAGAAAAAUAAAAUAUCUGAAACCCGAGAAAAAAUUAUACUUUUGGAGAGUUUACAAAAUCCUUCUAUCUUAAGCUGAAGUAUAUUAGCUCUAUAUAUUACUCAUACAUGUGUCUGCAGCAAAACCCAGUUAAAAUUGUAUACCUCACCCUUGUCAUAAAAAAGGUCGGACCAAUUCAAUGUGCAUUUCAAUGUCUGACUUAGCAGAUGCACUCUUUAACCAAUAAACAGAGCCAGCAAUAUUGAUUAGGUUAUCAAUACUAACAGGGGUUUUAUAGAAACAUAUAUUUCUAAGUUUAUUUCGUUAUCCCGUAUAAGAGAACGUGAAAAACAACUUUGUUCGUACCUGAUGAUUUCGUGCAUUAUUUCACUGUUAAAACAGCUUUCAUCUAUUUAUACUAUCUAUAAUGUCUUGAAAAAUAGUGACCGUAUGAUCAGUACAGCGAAAAUAAAAAAAUACCACUUUUUAUCAAUCAUUAUUUGCUGAAAACCCCCCAAAAAAACAACUCUGUCUUGUAGUGUAAUCAAUAAGAAAGCAAUGAUGAGGAAAAUGAUAUAAUGAUUGAUCCAGUAACUAAACAACCAAUGCUCGUACUUUCAUUUUCAGAAAUUAAUGUCAAAACACAUCCACCUCACAGUAACCAUUUCCUAAGACACGUCGGUAAUAAAGAGGAAUAUCACUGUAGUAUUGAUGGACAUUUUCAUCCUUCCUUAUGUUCGUGCAUAUAUACUUAGUACUGCUAAUGACAAUGGUGUAUCAACAAAGUUUAAUAAACG